AUGGCAGGCAGGCCUAUAUUUCUUGGUUUUUAUAGGACUCCUUACAAGCGUUGUUUCUAUCUACUAUUAUAUAAAAAAAAAAUAAAGUUCUUAAUGACUGGACGAAACCAAGCAAUAACCCCUCACGUGCGAAAUUAUAGAAGAUCCCAAUCAAACAAUUCCAUCGAAUUGAGUAUGAUGAUAGCAUCUACUAUACCAGGAAUAUCAAUGAACCCGAUUAUUGCAAUUGCUCAGGAUACCGUAUUAGCUAUUCGAGUCAGAAUGAUAUCGAACCGCGGAAAGAAAGACUUUUCCCGAAUGGGAGAACAUAUAACAUUCUUUCAGGAAUGCGACUGA